AUGCAUACCCCGGAUCACCACGAAACUCCCACAUGGACCGAAGCCGGUCUCACCCAAGCUCUCACUCAAGCCUCCACCAACGCCAAGCACAAAAGCUACGAAGAGCCCUCUCCCAAACCCACGCAGAGUGUCAAAGAGACUCGGAGCUCCGACAAGCGGAUGGGGGAGACCGGGGCAGAAGCCCCCUUUUACACACUAUAA